AUGAGCUCGGUAUACCCGAGUUUAAUGCAAACGACGACCACAACGACCGAAACGACCACCAAGCGAUGGUACGCGUUGGUUCGUUUAGACGAAGACGGGCGCUCGGUCGCGCCUCAGGCCGAGGAAAUCGCCAAGCUCGAAAGAGAACUCAUGCGCUCGCAAGAAGUGUCCACGGGAGGAGGACACGUGAACUCUGCGUCGAUUUCGCACCAUCACCAUCACCAUCAUCACCACGUGGAGACGUUUCUACACACCACGUAUGGGUCCGAAGGAGGAGGAGAAGGAGGACGAAUGAUGCAACAACAAGACGAGAACGAUAUAACAGCGACGAAGGUUCCGAGCAGUCGACUGGGAGGAGGAAAAGGGGGUGGUGGGAGACAACUUCAACAAGGCGCGAACUCGGACGGCACGGAAAGCGCGAAAGAAGGGAGCCAAAGUCCGAGCACGACGAACGAGACGACAAAUUCGUCGGGAAAGAAGAGAAAGAAAGAUACGAACGGUGGCGGCGGGGUCUCGUCCGGGAAGGAGAAGAAGAAAGAGAACGCGACGGAUACUGAUACUAAUAAUAACAACAACAACAACAGAGGCGGAGAAGAGAGCGCGAGAGGAACGAAUGCGAGAGAGUUACCGCCGGGGUGUAAACCGGGCGGGCCGUGCGACCACUGCGGCGCGUUGGACUCACCGCAAUGGAGACGAGGGCCGGCGAGUAAACCGUGUUUGUGCAACGCGUGUGGGACGAGGUUUCGCCGAACAAACUUUUUGGCACCGCUUUCAAACAACAAGGAUAACAAUAAACAGGAUAACGACGAAGAUAGCGCAGUGCCGACUGGCAACGACAACAACAAGAGAAACUUAGAUGGCGGAUCAAACAUGGCGAGCCAAACGACGAAGAAACGGUUGGCCGCGGCGUGUUGA